GUCAUUCACCAUAGCCGCCGAAGGUCGAGGCAGUCGCAGUGACCGCCGCUCGUCAGUCAGUAAUCACUCCAUUCGCAUACCGUACGCACUGUGCACACGUCGCCUGUUCGCCGAGUAUACCCUCAAUGCUUAAUCAGCGUCGGUCCGAAAGGUUGAAAAAGCUCCGCGACAAAACCACAUCAUCAGACAACAACAUGUGCAAGCCAAAAGAGUCCGUGAAACGCGUGCUGGCCUCCGAAACGAUUUUCCACUCGUUCGUCACAGCUAGGGAGGUUACUUCAAGUGUAAUCAAUUUUGAGACACCUGUGAACAUCAGUGACAUCAGUAUUCUUUCUCCGUCAAUGUAUUCGACAUCUGCAAACGGAGGAAUCAUUAUUGGAGGAACCGAUCCUGGGCAAAUUCAGAUUACAUUUCAAUGCAACAAUGUGGAUGAAGAAUAUGCUGCAGCAAAUGUUGAAUUGGGUGUAUUCAACUAUGACGGAAAAAACAAUACACAAUUUUACUGUGAAAACGAGAUAUGGACAAACAGAUUGAUUGUGAUUGCAAAAUUCUCGGUAUUAAGUAUUGUUGUUUUUGGAACACCCAAGGAUCCUAAUGCCGAAUACUUACAAAAGAUAGAACCAUCAACCAUCAAUCUUCCAGCUCUUGCUGAAGGCCCUAUCGAUAUGUCUGGCGUUGUAUCUAUUGCCGAUAGCGUUAUGGAGAACAUACAAGCUGAAAUCAAUCAACAAUUGAAUGAACUUUCCGGUGUUCGUGAAACCCGUCAAUAAAAUUACUUUUUCUGUUUGAUUCCAUAUUUUUUGUAGUUAUUAUUACCACGUUUUUAAUUUCAAUACCGUUACUGACUAAUUGCAUUUUAUAAUUAUUUUUUAUUACCACCGAGUCAUAAAUAAAUAUUAGGACAGAGAAAGUCGUUAAGAUCAGGUGUUUUUUUUUUUUUUGGUAUCCAUAGUUUAUAACCAUUACAAAAAUUGGAGUUUGAUUUAUUCAUAAUUUUAUGUUACAUGUUAAAUUAGAUACCUAUUUAAAAUUAAUAUGAAUUUUUUUUUGUUUAUAUUUUAGUAAAUGCCAAAUUUUAAUGAUUUUCUGAUCUAAUUUAAUAUUUACUAUUAACUAUUACAGUAUGGAAUAUUUAAAUAUUUAUUAUUUGUAUUGUUUUAAAAGUAUAAACUUAUUGUUUGAUUAGUAAUCCUAUAUAUGUUACGGAUAUAAUUGGUUUGUU